AAAUUUUGGCGUUAGCCAGACCUCUAACUUGUCAAAGUGUCAGACAUUUACAGAAAGUCAUGUGUAUUUACAGAAAAAGAUAAGACGAUUAUGAUACUACACACUUCUACAGAAGAAAACAGAACGGUAUCAUUUGUUUACGUCGAUCUAGUCCGAAUUUUCGCAGACGGAAAGGGAUGCAUACACCGCUGAACCUGAUUACAUGUAUUCUCUGUAAGAGAAAUUCAUCAUUGUGUUUCUUUGCAUAAGAGAAAUGCUUUGAAGCAUAAAUAUACCGCGCACAGGAAAUUGCAAGUGAGACCACGAUGAUCCAUUCACCAGUCACCACAGACCAUGUGCAUUAGGGUUUGACUGAAACCUGUGGGUAUUAAAGUUUUUUUCGCUCCAUGAUGGCCCUGGCAAUGCCAAGUCUACAGACAGAAAAUGGGCCACAAAGAAAACUGCUAGGUGCCAGAAAGCGACGUCCCAGCCAUGACGUAAGUGAAGAUCAGGUCAAGAAAACAUCGAAAUACUUUAGACAAUCUGAUAAAGAGGUAGAGAGAUCUUUGAAGGACGAUGUAAUCAUCAAAACCAUGGCAACAGCUGCAGUGACUAGUGGUCAACAUGGUCAAGAACAGGGAUGGUUUGAAAGUUCAUUUUGCAGUGCAGGCAAAAGUUCAAAGGGGAACAAGAUUCAACAUGAAGUGGAUGUACAAUUGAAAGAAACUGCGGUGGAUGUCAGAGAUUUGAGUGCAGACAAGGGGAAAGAAAGCAGUAGGCUGGAGUUUCCUUUGACAAAUGGAGAACAAAAACCACCAGGGAAACCAUCAGAACAGGAUAAUUCCGAUAACAACUCAGAGAAGGAUUUCUUUGAAGAGAGUUUUCAAGACCAAGAUUUUCUGAGCCAUGUGGAGUCCAUUGAGAGUCAAAACUCCAUUGAUUUUGUAGACACUGUUUCAGAAGAGCCAGCAAAAAAUGAAAGUGUUUUGAACGAACAAGUUAAAAGAGAUUGCGUGAUUUUGUCGCCUAAAUGUAGGCCUAAUGAAAAAAAAGUUUUUGUCAAUGAAAAUUGCAGGAACAGUAUACAAAAUGGUGAUUGUGAUUUAAAGGGUAAAACUCAGAGUACUAUACAAAAAAGUGUCUGUGAUAGAAAUUCAAAACCCCAUAUAUCCGUGUGCAAUGAUAAUACUGAAAAAGAGGUCAAGUAUAUAGGACAGAAAUCUUCAGAUCAGUUCAAAAGUGGAGAAGUUUUUAAUUCUGUCAAUAGUGUGGGAUCACUAAGGGAUCGAUUAAAAAGAAAAUUACUACAGAACGUUGGGACUAAAUCCCCCGUUAGUCCUGCCCAGACAGUUGAGCAGGGAAGACAGAGCCGAUUAAAAGAGGUAGAGAGGGAGGUGGCCAUUAUACAAGGAGAAGGAUCUGCCAGUGACAUUGGUCCAUUUUAUGGUUUGCCAUCAAAAGUCCAACAGCUGUUACAGACCCAGAGAGGAAUAACUUCACUAUAUGAGUGGCAGGACAAGUGCCUGAGACUUCCAACACUGCAAAGGGGAGGUAAUCUGGUUUAUUCUUUACCUACUAGUGGAGGCAAGACUCUGGUGGCAGAGGUCCUAAUUCUGAAGGAAAUGCUGUGUAGGAAGAAAGACGCCAUGAUGAUUCUUCCGUUUGUGUCCAUUGUCCAGGAAAAGGUCAAAGGAAUGGCCCAAUUAGCUGUGGAGUUAGACUUCCUGGUGGAAGAAUAUGCUGGCAGUAAAGGCAAAUUUCCUCCCAUUAAACACAGAAAAAGGUCCCUGUAUGUAGCUACCAUAGAGAAAGCUCACUCUCUAGUGAACAGUUUGAUAGAGCAGGGGAGACUGGGUUCCCUGGGUUUGGUAGUAGUGGAUGAGCUUCACAUGAUUGGUGAGGGGAGAAGUCGAGGAUCCCGUUUAGAAGCCACUCUUCUGAAAAUUAUCUAUGCCAAAGCUUCCACACAGAUAAUUGGAAUGAGUGCUACCCUGAAUAAUAUAACCGAUCUCCUGACAUUCCUUAAAGCUGACAUUUUCUCCAGUGAUUUCCGUCCAGUCAAGCUUACUGAACAUGUGAAACUGGAUGACAGCAUUUUUGAAGUGCAGAAAGGUCAAACUCUGCAGGAAAGUUUACAUCAUCAACGGACCGUAGCUUUCCAGUACAGUCCAGAGAUGAACAAAAUGGACCCGGACCACCUCCUAGGUCUUGUGACAGAGGUUGUCCCACAACACUCCUGUCUCAUCUUUUGCUCCACCAAGAAAAACUGUGAAAAUGUUGCCCUGAUGCUGAGUAAAUUAAUGGCCAAAUACAAGAGAGAACUAAGUCAAGUGAAAAGACAAGAAAGAAAAGAUUUGUUGAAGGAACUGUACAAAGAUGGGGAACAGAGAAUGUGUCCUGUGCUUCAGCAUACCAUACAUUUUGGUAUAGCAUACCACCAUAGUGGUCUGACAACAGAUGAGCGCCAUCUACUGGAGGAGGCAUACUCUGAUGGUGUACUGUGUCUCCUGGCUUGUACCUCUACACUAGCUGCUGGUGUCAAUCUUCCUGCAAAAAGAGUGAUAUUGCGCAAUCCAUACAUUGGUACACAGUUCCUCAACAGGAGUCAGUAUAAACAGAUGAUUGGACGAGCAGGAAGGGCAGGCAAAGAUACAACAGGGGAGAGCAUUCUUAUUGUCAGUCCUAAAGACAGGUGUAAGGUGUGGGAGAUAAUUAGUGGUCCCCUGGAGAACUGUUACAGCAGUCUCAAUUAUGAGGAUGGAAAAGGAAUCAGAUCUCUUAUCCUGUCCACCAUAGGUCUACAGGUCACCAAGACAACAGAGGAAGUUUUUGAAAUGAUGACUCGCACAUUACUAUCCAUCCAGGCUUCUCAGUUGUCAUGUGACAUUGUUGCCACGACAAAAGAUGCUCUUCAGCACUUGAUUGACAUGGGAUUAGUGAGACAGAUAAGGAUGCUAUCACAAGAUAAAGAAAACUCCCCACUCCCCCACACACUGGAAGUUACACCUCUGGGACGAGCCACAUUCAAAGGAUCAGUUGAUCUGGACUUUUCUGCUCAGUUGUAUAAAGACUUGAAGAAGGCAGAAGAAUCUCUGGUUCUUGCUAGCUAUCUACAUUUAUUGUUCCUUGUGACCCCAUAUGACCUUGUCAAGGAAGUUCAACCACCAUGGAUGACUUAUUUCAAACAGAUAAGUAUGUUGACUCCUGUGGAGCUGAAGGUGGCUGAGUUGAUAGGUGUACCCGAAUCUUAUGUAGCAAAGAAAGCCUCGGGCCAAUACACAAGACAGGCUGUUGACGAGUUUGUUGUCAAGCGCUUCUACCUGACCCUGAUGUUGUACGAUCUCUGGAAGCAAAAGUCAUUGUGGGAAGUCGCCGAAAAAUUUGAAUAUCCUCGGGGCUUUGUCCAGAACCUCCUUUCUGGAGCAGCUAGUUUUGCGACAUGUGUUUAUCACUUCUGUCAGGAGUUAGAGGAAUUCUGGGCCUAUCAAGAACUACUAGGAACAUUUGUCAAGCGCCUGGCUUAUUGUGUAUCUGCAGAACUCCUGCCGCUCAUGGAAAUACCUGGCGUCAAACUGGGUCGAGCUAAGCAGUUAUACAAUGCCGGAUUCCAGUCUGUUGCGUUAGUGGCAGCCGCUGAUCCAGAGGUUCUUGUCAAAUCCAUACAGCAGAUCCCUCGUAAAGUGGCCAAACAGAUCGUCGCUUCAGCAAAAGUUUUGCUGAAUGAGAAAGCUGAGGCCUUGCUACAGGAAGUGGAGGAACUGGUGACUGUUCCGGUUGACCAAUCAACCGUACAGAGUUCACAGGUUAUAGCCUCUCCCUGGGAUGAUAUGAACUUGUUUUCUAGUAUUGACAUACAGUCCUCUACCUCAUAAUAAAAAAUUAAAAUCUUUUUCAAGUUGAAAAAAGUGAUUUAGAUAUUAAAAAAAAAAAAAACCUUGUGUACCUUCCAAAUGAUUUGUCUGGCUGCAGUCCUAAGGAUUAAGGCACGGAGAUAGUGACUUCUUAGUUAAAAAGACUGUUGUUAUUUUAUAUUUAUUUCAAGUGCUCAUGAUGUUCAUUUAACUGGUGAAUAUAUUGUUGUUGUUUUUUUGUGAAAGAUUAAGAGAUUGAGAAUUUUUCAGCUUUAGAUACUUGUACAUAAUAAAACAAGUAGGACAUAAAAUGUGAAUGUGCAAUGAUCCAUGACUAGACUUAUUUUUGUCGAGGAUAGUUUAUACAGUUAUAAACUUGCCAAGUGGUAUGUUAUAAAAUGAAAGUGUCUUGAAACUAGUUUCAGAUGUGUGAUAAUAUUUGCUCUUGUCAAUGAUUGAAUGACUUGUUUCAGGACUGUGCUAUACAUGUGCUGCUUAAGAGAACUAGUCUGUAUAAUCUCAUGCUAAUAUGUGUCUCUAUGUAUAGUUUUAUAUCAUAAGUAAAGUCUCUGUGAUACACAUACAUGUACAUGCAGGGUUGUCCCAAAGACCCAGGGGCCAGGGAACUUCCCCGCCUAUAAUGUCGUAAUCCCCGAUUACUCUGGUAUUUUCCCUCAUCACCCUGUUAUUGGAGGAACCUCAGGCCCCCUUCUACUUUUUGAAUGUCCCCUGCUAUUUUAAUUCAUAGGGACAACCCUGACAUGUAUAUACAUGAACAUUUGUAGCAUUAAAGCUUUGUAGCUAGUUGAACUAAGAGUGAGUCCCAGAUGACAAAAUUCUGGUGUUCUAAUGGUAUCUCUUCAAUGAUGUUUCAUAUUCUAACUAUUUUUUUUUUAAAUUAUAUUUACCUGUACAUUAAUGCAAUUAAGGAAGGGGAAACCCCCUGUUGAUUUUACAGUCCGUGCGACACAGACUAUUAGAAACUGAAAUCACCUGUGGGAAAUUUCUUACAAAGAGAACAAUCUGAACACUACCAAGGUAUUUAUGGAAAAAAAAUAUCUAAUCCCUAUGAUUUAAUUGAAACUGUAUGCAGUGCAGAUGACUGAUCUAUGUGAAUACACAUAUUAUAUGUUUGUAAAUUUCAUUUCCAAAUUGA